CAACACCACCAUCAUUCAUCUGCACCACCAACGCCGACUCAACCCGACAACCCGCGGUCAACAACGCCAUAGUCACACACACAACACACUAUAAUGGAGCCUCAGUCAUAGAAUUAGCACUCGAGUACAUAUCGCACUGCCUUCGCCCGCUGGCCGAGCGAGAGCCGUCGCCACAAUGCAGACAGCGAAGGGCAUGCGGCCUGGAGCGCCGCCGACAAUCAAAGAGCUUGUCGCGCAGGCAGAAAACUACAAUUUCAACAUAAACGUUCCUCUAAAGCACUGGAUCCGUUCUGCUGAAACAUUAUAUCAAGAAGCUGCUUUUGCGCUCUCAGACGGCGACUAUGGACGAGCCUACGUCAUGCUGUACAGACACUCGAUGCUAGUCAUCAACUCGUUGCGAACACAUCCUGAAUUCAAAGACCCCGAAGGCCGCAAGUCGGUCAAGCCCCUCCUCGAUCGCAUCGAUCGCAUCAUCAAAGACCUAGAAGAUCUGAAGCCUGAAAUAGAGAGCCAGCGGAAAGAAUGGGAACGCAUGACGGCACAACACCCGGCGAACCAGAAGCAAGCGGCGUCUGACAAAUCUGCUACGAGCUACGAAGAUCACGCACGGCUAGACCCGACACUCCGCGGCAACGCCCAAAUCCUAGAUGCUUCCGAGAACCAAGAUCUUGCGGUAGAUCUUGCUCGCGAGGAACUAAGCCGUCGUGAUACACUACGUCGAAGCAGUCGCCAACCGUUCCCAAGCAAAAUCGACGAUGCGGAACUGCAACGGCAGAUUGAGGCGACUCGAAAUACCUUGGACAGGGCGCAACGGGGAGAGUACGAUGAUGAGAAUCGUACGGCGGCACCAAUUCACAGUCAAUACAACUAUCCUUCCGUAAUGAAGUCGGCACCAGUAUCUCUGGACCAGCGCCCGGCUCUACAGCCGGCUUUACCCCCAUCAAGACCGCCUAAGGCCGGCUACGAGGGACGUCCAAUGUUGCCGCCGAAACAAUACCCCCAGCAAUCCAGCAUACAACCUGGACUGCCGUCACAUUAUGCUACACAUGCCAUGGACCGACCUCUUCUGCCUCCCAAGGAACUUAUGGCUGCGGCCCCUGCAGUGCCCAAGAAACAACGUCUAACCUUUAAACCCGGCGCAUACUUGGAGAAUGGCGAUCCUAUUCGAUCCCUCUUCAUCCCGAGCAAGCUGCGACAGUCCUUUUUAGAGAUUGCUGCCAAAAACACGGCGGCAGGGCUGGAAAUGUGCGGUAUCCUCUGCGGCUCGCCCGUUAACAACGCGCUGUUUGUGCGCUGCCUUCUGAUUCCAGACCAAAAGUGCACAUCCGAUACGGUGGAAACAGAAAAUGAGUCCACUAUGGCCGAAUACUGCAUAGAAGAAGACUUGAUGAUUCUGGGUUGGAUUCACACGCACCCGACACAGACAUGUUUUAUGAGCUCGCGAGAUCUACAUACGCACGCAGGCUACCAGGUGAUGAUGCCGGAAAGCGUAGCGAUUGUCUGCGCUCCCAAAUAUACCCCUUCAUACGGCAUCUUUCGGUUAACAAGCCCUCCGGGAUUGGGUCACAUCCUGGACUGCAAGCAAACAGCGACAUUUCACCCACACUCUGUUACGAAUUUAUAUUGCGAGGCUGAACAUCCCAGCGGGCACGUGUACGAGAGCGACAAGCUGCCAUUCUAUGUGCAUGAUUUACGAUCCAAGUAAAGACAGACAGGAGACGAGCGUGCGCAGUGCGGCGCAGCGCAGGCGCAGAUACACAGUUAUAGACGCAGUGGUAAAUACAAUCAAAUACAAUAUUGUAAUGUUCCCUUUCUUUUCUUGGCAGA